ACUGUUGAGCCAAGUGUGUGACAAAGAAGAAGACGUAUUAGAUUAUACAUCGUUGGAAAGGUGCUAUUUCGUAUAACAUUUUGAAAUAGAUUGAUCAUAGAUUUGAACAAUACUGACGCAUUCAAUCAAAUUUAAAAAUGAGUGUACAUCGGAAACAUCUUCGACACAUUUUACUUCUUUAUUAUAACAAAGGGAAGAGCGCUGGGAAAGCCACAGAAAAAAUUUGUCGUGUUUAUGGAGAGAAUGUUAUAUCUAAACAAACAGCAAGGACUUGGUUUCACCGAUUUGAAGAUGGAAAUUUCGAUGUCAAAGAUUCACUUCGUUCUGGUCGGCCUAUUGUGAAAAAUAUCGAUAAAAUCUUGCAAAAAGUUGAAAAAGAUCGUCAUGUGAGUAGCAAUGUUAUAGCUAAGGAGCUUAAACAUUGAUCAUAGAACCGUUUUGGCAUACUUGCGUAAGAUUGGAUACUCAAAGAAAUUCGAUGUUUGGGUGCUAGAUUUGACAGUAAAGAAUUUAAUGAAUCGAAUUUUCAUUUGCGAAUUGCUGCUGAAACGAAACAAAAUUGAGCCUUUCUGAAAAGAUUGAUAACUGGCGAUAAAAAAUGGAUAACAUAUAAUAUGCUCGGAUUGAUGUCAAAGAUGAUGCUGUGUGUCUGGUGGGACUGAAAAGGAGUCAUCUAUUAUGAACUGCUGCCACCAGACAAAAUGGUUGAUUCUGAUCUCUACUGUCAACAACUAAUGCGAUUAAAGCAAUCCAUCCAGGAAAAGCGGCCAGAAUUGAUCAAUAGAAAAGACAUUGUCUUCCAUCAUGACUACACUCAAUGGCCAUACAUGUCUUCGAUGACUCGACAAAAAUUGAAAGAGCUUGGCUGGGAAGUUUUGAUGCAUCCACCAUGUAGUCUUGACCUUGCACCAUCCGAUUACUAUUUGUUUCAGUCUUUGCAAAAUUUCCUUAAUUUCGUAAAAGUAAAUUUGACUUCAAAAAAGGUUUGCGAAAAUUAUAUAUCUCAGUUUUUUGCCAAGAGAUCAGAGAUAUUCUACAUCGAAGGAAUAAUGACUCUACCUGAAAAAUGGCAAAAGGUCAUCGAUCAAAACGGCACAUAUUUGGAUUGAUAAAAAGUUCGUAAACAAUUUAAAAAAUACGUUUCAAUUAUGCUCCAACUUAAACAUAAAAAGACUCCCUAACCCAAUUGAUAAUUUAAAGCGAUCUUAAAGUCAUCUGUUUUUGAACUAGCAACUAAAGCAAAUCUCUGCUCCCCGAAGAGGCUCUGGCUUAAUCUACGGAUCAAUAUAAAUACAUUAGAAUAAUAUUCUGAUACUUUGACCUUCAUUGAAGAGGUCAGA